AUGACUUCAUCAGAUAGCUCAGAUCAAGCUCACUCGACCCCACAGGGCUGGGAGCUCCCCGGGGACACCCGACGGCCGGGGCCGCCAGCACCCUGCAGAGUGGCGCGGGGAGCCCCGCACCCGGAGCCCCCGGGAUUGGCCGUCUUCGCCCGCCGUCCGGUGACGUCACGCCCGGACGGCCGAGCCCAGAGCUGCAGCGAGCUGGUUCCGUCAGGUCGGCUGGCCGGCGACGCGCUACACACGGAAGCCGCCAGCGUUCGCGGCCGAGUCUUCGCCGCAGUGGUUUCGUCCGCGGGCGGUGCAUCGCGGGACACAGGCCUGUGCGGGUGGAGGGCGGCUGCGGGCGCCGUGAACCUUGAAGCGGAUGCCCGGACGGUGGUGGAGCAGGCGACCAGGCCCCAAAACAUCGAGACGCCGCAGCCUGCGGGUGUAAUAUCUUUGGUGAGGCCUCUUCUCGAUAUGAUCCCAAUAAUUCAACAGACUGCUGCUUUGGCACUUGGGAGACUGGCCAAUUACAACAACAACUUAGUAGAAACAGUUGUAAAGAGAGACAUUCUCCCAUAACUUUCUCUCCUAUGCAGUAGCAGAGCAGAAUUUAAGAAUUUUUUUUUGAAAAAAACUUUUACAUUUUUGUUGAGAGCAGUUGGUAAACAUUCUGCCCAGUGAGUUCAGGCCAUAGUUGACUGUGGAGCACAUAGCUUGGAAGACUUUGACCCUGGAGUCAAGGAGAAAGUGCCCUGAGCACUUGGAUGUAUUUGAAGACAUAAUGCAGAACUGUCACAAGCUGUGGUGGAUGUAGGAGCUAUUCCUUUUUUAGUACUCUGUAUCCAGGAGUCAGAAAUUGCUCUGAGAAGGAUUGCUGCUUCAGUCCUCAGUGAUAUUUCAAAGCAUUCUGCAGAGUUAGCACAGACAAUAGUGGACACAGGAGCUAUUGCUCAUUUAGCCCAGAUGAUCCUCAGCUCUAAAGUUAUUUUACAGCAUCAGGUCCUUUCUGCUCUCCACCAGAUUGCAAAACAUUCUGUGGAUUUGGCAGAAGUGGUUGUUGAAAUGGAAGUUUUUUCAGUUAUAUUUACCUGUCUGAAGGGCAAAGAUGAAAAUAUGAAGAAGACUGUUUACACUUCGGUGAGAGAGACAAAGCAAGCGACUCUUGUUCUUGCCUCUUAGUCUUCACAGCUGAUUGUUAACACAGGAGGGGCGGCCACAGUGGCUGACUGCAUUGGGUCCUGUAAAAGGAGCACAGUGCUGCCUGGCAUCAUGAUGCUUGGUUAUGCAGCUGCUCAUUCCGAGAACAUGGCUAUGGCAGGGAUCAUUUUCAGUGGUGUACCCCAGCUGUCAGUCUGCCUGUCAGAAGAACCAGAGGAUCAUAGUAAGGCUGCUGCUGCUUGGGCCUUAGGACAGACUGGGUGACACACUUCCAAACAUGCACGGGAUGUUGCUGUCACAAAUACUUUGUCUGUUCUGCUUUCUUUGUACAUGUCAACAGAAAGUUCUGAGGUUCUGCAAAUGAAAGGUAAAAAAGCCAUAAAGAAAAUUGUAGGAAAAUACACUUACUUAUGAGCUCCAGAACAAUUACUGUAUGAUGUUUCUUCAAACACUCUGAACCAUAUGCUUGGAUAGUUCAGUAAAGUGCUACCACAUGAUAGCAAAGUACAUGAACUUUUGGCAACAAGUGGUGGACUUAGAAAAGUUCAAGAGAUCCGAGCAGAGCCUGUUUUUCUCUUUGAAGAGUACAUCAGCAGAAUUAACAGCUGUCACACACACCAGUAA